UUCAUUAUCUCAGCACAUUUCUCAAAGUCAUCCUUAUAUUAAUGACAAGGCAAGUCAAACUGAUCCUGACGAGCAAGCGGAUGCUAGUAUUUAUAAUCUUCCAGAUUAUAGUUCUAGUUAUGAUUCUUAUAUGGAUGAAUCUUCUAUAAUAUAUGGGGACGAAGUUAUGUCAGAUUCUGGGUUAGAUUCUUCUAUGCUAACAGAAAAUAACUAUGAUAAAAAUUCUAUGACAUACAAA